AAUUCAACUUGAAGCAGAUGUGGAAAUCUCCUAAUGGUACAAUCAGAAAUAUACUAGGAGGAACUGUUUUUAGAGAAGCAAUUAUAUGCAAGAAUAUUCCUCGUCUUGUGCCUGGCUGGACCAAGCCUAUUAUUAUUGGCCGUCAUGCAUACGGUGAUCAAUAUCGAGCUACAGAUUUUGUUGUUCCAGGACCAGGGAAACUGGAAGUUACAUAUACGCCUACUGAUGGCACACCUCCUUUAAAGUACACAGUAUUCGACUUUAAAGAUGGUGGUGGUGUAUCUCUUUCAAUGUACAAUACUGACAAAUCUAUUACAGAUUUUGCUCACAGCUCCUUCCAGUAUGCUUUGCAGGCAAAGUAUCCUCUAUAUUUGAGUACAAAGAAUACCAUUUUGAAGAAAUAUGAUGGUCGCUUCAAGGACAUAUUUCAAGAAAUAUAUGAAAAAGAAUAUCAAUCUCAAUUUGAAGCGAAAGGAAUUUGGUAUGAACACAGACUUAUAGAUGACAUGGUAGCUCAAGCAAUGAAGUCUGAAGGUGGAUUUGUUUGGGCAUGCAAAAAUUAUGAUGGAGAUGUUCAGUCCGAUUCAGUUGCGCAAGGAUAUGGUUCAUUGGGCUUGAUGACUAGUGUAUUAAUAUGCCCUGAUGGAAAAACUGUUGAAGCAGAAGCAGCGCAUGGCACUGUAACUAGGCAUUAUCGAAUGCAUCAAAAAGGACAAGAAACGUCUACUAACCCAAUAGCCUCAAUAUUUGCUUGGACUAGAGGAUUAAUGCAUCGAGCCAAGUUAGACGGCAAUUCAAAAUUGGAUGAAUUCGCCAAAGCUUUGGAACAAGUUUGUAUAGAAACCAUUGAAUCUGGUUUCAUGACAAAAGAUCUUGCCAUUUGCAUCAAAAGUUUAAAAACUGUUACAAGAAGUGACUAUUUGAACACGUUUGAAUUCAUGGAUAAACUUGCAGAAAAUCUGAACAAGAAACUGCAGGCAUGACUGAAAGAAGCAAGUAAAUUGUAGCAUGGAAUUUAUUGGCAAUUACAUUAAGGGCAUCUGCUUUGAAACAUAUAUUAUUUCCUACUUAUCAAUAUCAGUAUUUUUCAACUGAGUUGCAUCUGAAUUUAUUUUAUACAGUGAUUGUGAGAAUUUAUCUGUACUCAAAACUCCUGUUGAUCUUGGGGAAAAUCUCUUUUUUACAUAUUGAUAUUUACAAUAAAAUGAUUAUUUA